CCAGUCAGGAGGACAGGAGGCAUAAAGAGGAGAAGGAGCAACCAGAGCGCAUUGGAGUGCGGAAAAACCUCCAGAGAAAUGUCAUUUAAAGCGUCUUCCUUGCUGUCCGGAGAUGUGGAUAACCUGCGGAAAAGAUCUGUGGCUGAAUCAACAGACAACUGUUGCGAUCCUGAGCAUCACCAGCGGUUCCCACGGCUGCCUGAAAGGCUGUGUGUUGGCCCCAAUCAUGCAGACAUAGGUGCGCUGGCGACACCUUCCCCAGAUGGUUCUGCUCAACACUUCUGCCAGUUCACUCCAAAAUGUCUGCUUGCUGUCUCAAGAGGGGCACAUGGGAACUCUCCUCCAAGGCAUGGAGAGGAAGGAUGGCAUGAUGGUACCUCGAGGACCACAAUCAGAGUUAAUAAUGAGGUGGAAGCACACAGAGAGGCUAACAACUACAAGUUUGGAUUCAGAAAAUGGAAAGGCAAUGUGACUGAGAAACCAAUUGAAGACAGAUCUGACAUUGACAAAGAACUGCACACUGAUCUCAGCAUUGUGAAGCACAUAGAAGCUCCAGUUGUGACCUUUGGGAAUAUAGUUUAUGUGUUUUUAUUUGGCUGGUGGACCUCAUUAAUCUAUCUGCUCAUUUGUCCUGUGAUGUUUCUCACAAUCCUCGGGGCCCCUUACGGUAAAGUCUGUUUAAAGUUGGCCUGGUAUAUAAUUUGGCCAUUUGGAAAAUCCAUACAGAGGGCUUGUAAUUUAGUCAAUAUAUCUGCGGUGAAGCCAACAAACUGUGAGAUUAUUCCACAAGAGCAAGAUGAUAAGGAUCUAGCUGGAGCCAAGGACUGUGCUCCACUCCUGGUGUCCUCCCCCCUCCCUGUUGAGAUUCCUGUUCCACCUCUUUCUCCACGGAAAACCUCAACGCACUGGUGUCGCCUCAGCACUUUUCUCUGGUUGUUGCUGGGUUACCCGCUUCUGGCAGUGGUCCAUUCCCUGGCAUGCAUUCUGUCCUGGCUUCCAGUCUUUUCCAUCCCUGUUGCAAAAAUGAACAGCCGCAUCCUGACCACAGUUCUCCUCAUGGCACCGGAGGACAUUGAGAUCCAUGCUCUUGAUAAGACAAAUGUGUGCGAGACCAGAGUCGUCUUAUACUGUUACCAGGCCUUUAAUGUGUAUUACUACAAAUACACUGUCCAGGGGAUAAACAUUUUUGCUCUCAACCUGUUACCUCUGGUAUUUAUGAGUUUAAUUAUUGGCUACACUGACCGAGAGCAUAAAUACUUCAGUGCAGAGACGAUGUUUACAAUAGCCAUCACUUCCAUCAUUCCCCUGUCCUACUAUAUUGGCAUGGGAAUAGCAAGCAUUUCUGCACAGAGUAACUUCGCAGUGGGAGCAGUGGUCAAUGCAACAUUUGGUUCCAUCACAGAGAUGACCUUCUACAUCACAGCGCUGCUUCGAGGGCACCGCGCCGCCACUAAAUGUUAUGAGGAGAUUGUCAAAUCGGCACUGGCUGGGACUCUCAUUGGCUGCAUUCUGUUCAUACCAGGUAUCUGUAUGACUAUUGGGGGCAUCAAACACAGUGAACAGAAAUUUAACAGUCGCUCAGCUGGAGUGAGUUCGGCUUUGCUCUUUAUAUCCAUUGGAGGUGUGUUUGCACCCACCCUCUUCUCAAAGACCUUUGGUAAUCUGGUGUGUGAAAGCUGCUCCAGUACCCCGGGCAAUGCUACUGUACCAUUCAUCUGCAAUGACUGCCACUAUGACACGAGCACAGCUGACCCACAUUUGAUUCUGUCCCAUAUUGAGCCUCUGGUAUACACCAUUUCUGUCCUGCUGCCUGCAUCGUAUCUGAUCGGGCUCAUUUUCACAUUAAAAACCCAUGCCCACAUUUAUGAUAUCCAUGUCAGUGAUGGUCAUGGGGGCCAACCGCACGGUCAGUAUGCACGGCAAAGUACCAUCACCAACAAUCCCACUGGUGAGGUCACAGCAGCCCGUCUGGUUCCUACCAACAUGUGUAUUAAUGCCUGCGUUAUUGCACCUAGCCACAAUCUGAAAGGUCAUCAUGUUGUGCACUGGUCCAGAUGGAGGGCUCUCGCUGUGCUGAUUGUUGCCACAGUUCUCAUGGCUAGCUGUGCAGACCUUUGCACUGUCAACAUAGAGCCCAUACUGAGUCAUUCCUCCAUCUCCCAGUACUUCAUUGGCGUCACCGUCUUGGCAAUGGUACCAGAGCUUCCAGAGAUUGUCAAUGGCAUCCAGUUUGCACUCCAGAACAACAUCAGCUUAAGCCUCGAAGUAGGCAGUUGCAUUGCUGUGCAGGUUUGCAUGAUUCAGAUUCCGCUUCUUGUCCUGUUUAAUGCAUUCUAUGAUGUGGGAUUUGUGCUUGUAUUCAGUGAUAUUCAUCUUUGGGCCAGCAUCUUUAGCGUUGUUCUGGUAAACUACAUCUUCAUGGAUGGAAAAUGUGACUACUUUCAGGGUACAGCCCUAGUAGUGGUUUACUUCAUCGUUCUAGCGGUUUAUUUCUUCGCUCCUUCUCCACGCUCCUGUUAAUCUCUUUGGAAAGAAAAUGAUGCAUCUGUUCAAGUUUUAUAGCAAAAGUCACCAGAGUCCAGCUGGUUUAGUUUCAGAGGAACAAAAGAUGGACAA